CAACUACCAAACAUCGAACCCUUUAAAUUAGUAAGUAACUCGGCUUGUUCUCCUCCAUGCUCUGCAACUAACUCAUUCCAGUCUCAGCUUCAGAUGAACUUUUCGAAUCUCAGUGGGUCGUUCCGCUUAGAUUUUCCGACGAACAUUUCCAAGGAACCAGAUACAGAAACCAAAGCACCAACAGAAACCCUAAAACUGGGCAGAAACAUCAGUGAGAGACUGAGAGACAGAUAAACCCCCAUAACUCAUCACAUGACGGAGGUGCUGCAUCAGUAAUCUCGCUCCUUCAGGAACUAAAGAAGUAAAGCAGAAACUUUAGGAUUCACUGAAGUUUCACAUAUCAGUAUCGUACUAUCUCACCAGCAAAACAAACGAAUAUUGGAAACCCUAGACAAAGUUUGUAGAUAUGGAGAGAUCUAGAUCGAAAAGGAACCAUUAUUACGAUCAGAACUACGAUUCCCAGACCCUAGCAAGGACCAAACCACGGUACCGCCAUCAUAACAACAAUCAAAGCCAUCAUUAUAACAAUGGUACCAGCAAUCACCACCGCCGCGGCGGAGGCGGCGGUGGCCGUUUAUCUAAAGUUCCGGGAGUUUCUCCUACUGCAACCACCUGUUAUCGCAUCCUAUGCCAUGACAUGAAAGUCGGUGGUGUGAUUGGAAAGUCGGGUAGCAUCAUUAAGGCAAUCCGUCAAGAGACCGGCGCCUGGAUCAAUGUUCACGCACUCAUGCCCGGUGAUGAAGAGCGGAUCAUUGAGAUCUCCGACGCCCGUCGACGUGACCCUGACGGACGUGCCCCAUCUUUCUCCCCGGCCCAGGAGGCGCUGCUUAUGAUUCACGAACGAAUUCUGGCGAGUGAUUCUGAAUUUGGUUUUGGAUUUGUUGGGGGUCCUGAGGAUGAGGAGGACGAUUAUGGUCCGCGAAGUGGCGGCGGCGGUAGUGCUGGUCGUGUUGCCACCAGGCUUGUUGUGUCAAGGAUGCAUGUCGGAUGUUUGUUGGGCAAGGGUGGGAAGAUCAUCGAGCAAAUGAGGAUGGAGACAAAGACUCAAAUUAGGAUCCUUCCAAGGGAUCAUAAUCUGCCCCGGUGUGUUUCGAUGUCGGAGGAAAUUGUUCAGGUUGUGGGUGAUGUUAAUGCCGUGAAGAAAGCUAUAGCAAUUAUUUCAUCACGCUUGAAAGAGAGCCAGCUUCGUGACCGUAGUCAUUUCCAUGGACGGGUACAUUCACCAGAGCGGUUUUUCCCUUCUGAUGAUGAUUUCAGUCCGCACAUAAACAAUAUACCUCAUCGAUCACCCAUGGAUGAGGCUACAUUAGGACCACGAUCUUCCGCAGGUUUUCCCAGUCUGAGAAACAAUUCAUAUGGCUCACGUACAUCUGGCUAUGCAUUUGAGUCUGGGGCUGGUCCCAUAGCAGACCACCAGUCACAGCUAUUCUCUGGUGAGGACAUAGUGUUUCAAAUUCUUUGCCCGUAUGACAGGGUAGAGAGUGUAAUGGGAGAGGCCAAUGGGAUUAUAGAAAUGCUCAGGGAUGAAAUUGGUGUUGAUCUUAGAGUUAGUGAUCUUGUUCCUGGAUCAGAGGAGCAGAUAAUCAUUAUUACUUCUGACGAGGCUCCUGAUGAUGAACUGUUUCCAGCUCAAGAAGCUUUAUUGCAUAUUCAGAGUCGGAUUGUAGAUCUUGUCCCAGACAAAGAUAACAUUGUAACCACAAGGUUACUUGUGCCAUCUAGUGAAAUUGGGUGUUUACAGGGGCGAGAUGGAUCAUUGUCUGAACUGAGGAGACUAACUGCUGCAAAUAUAGAUAUCCUUCCCCGAGAUGAACUUCCUGCAUGUGUACUAGGGGCUGAUGAGCUUAUACAGAUUGUGGGAGAGAUAAGAGCAGCCCGAGAUGCUCUUGUUGAGGUGACGUCAAGGCUUCGGAGUUACUUGUAUCGUGAGAUAUCUUUUUCAAAGGAAUUCUUACCACCUUCCACGUCAGCGACAGCCCCAGCUGGUAGCAUGUUUGGAUUCGAGGCUGCUUCCCCCAGUAGAAUUCCAAGCCGUGAAAGUUUCCAGGGAAGUGACACUCCUGCAGGCUUUCAGAAUGUGCAGACUGUGACAACCGCACGGACAUCAAAGGAUGCUGGAGCAUCUAGUAGUGGAUCAUUGGACCGAAUUGAAGGUGAUAUUCGUGAAGAUGUGCCAAGUGUGCUGAAUAGAAUUGCUGUGCCACUUGUCACUAGAAGCACACUCGAAGUUGUCAUCCCAGAGCAUGCCAUUCCGAAGCUCAUAAUGAGAUCUGGAAACAAGCUUGCACAGAUCAGCGAGUUGUCAGGAGCAAGUGUUAGCCUUGUUGAAGAUAGACCUGAGCUGACUGAAAAGGUCAUUCAAAUAUCCGGUACUCCAGAACAGGCUGAGAGAGCCCAGAGCCUACUUCAAGGGUUUAUUCUGAGUACACAAGAAGAUGGUCCACCAAGCUAAUUCGAAAGUGGGGUUUGCAAAAAGUGAAAGAGGAGAAGUUGGUUACAAUUUUGUUCCCAAUGCAAAAACUGGAAGAGAUAUGCUCAGUUUCAUUUGGUAAUUUGACCUCCUAAUGCAAUCCCCGAGAGUUAUGU